AUGUGGAAGCGAGAAGAUAUGUGGAUCAACAAUGUGUCUUCUAUGGACUCCCGCCUCCCGCUAUUGGAAUCUGGAACUCUUGGAACAAAGGGGGAAUGUGCAAGUGGUCUAUCCUCAUCUCACCGAAGUCUUACUCCCGCCUCAGCUCAAGCCGCCAUGGCAUUUGCUGCAGCCGACCAAACAACCAUUGUCAAUACAAUGAACAGUCUGCGGUCACGGAUGGCGAAAGGAACGGAGAAAUGGGUUGGGAAAGGAAGAAACUAUCCACAAUCGAUUCAGAACUUAUCAAUUGAUUGCCGCCGGGCGAACUCCGGACUAUCGGUUGUGCGUAUCGCAAUUUCACAACUGGAGCCGCUGCUGGGACUAUUCGCUGUGCUUUGUCGUUACAAUGCUAGGCUACAGAGU